GGCUUUGAAAGCGUAGUCCAUUGGGUCCAGUGCAGCAGCGCCGCUGAGCCUGCCCGAUAGUUUGACAGGGAAGACGUGUCGGCAAAGACAAAACACGGAGACAGAACACAAUGGCUUCCAUGUUGCUGAACACAGUGCGGGGCUGCUCUGUCAGCCCUUCCUGGGCAAUGAGGUUGGGGGCACGCUCCCUCAGUACAACCACCCAACUUCAGGCUCAGGUUCAGACAAAGAGCAAAAAGACGCUAGCUCGGCCUGGUGUGAAGAACAUUGUUCUGGUGGAAGGAGUUCGAACCCCAUUCCUGAUGUCUGGAACCACAUAUGCUGACCUAAUGCCCCAUGACUUGGCCAGAGCAGCUCUGCAGGGUCUGCUGCACAAGACGAAUAUACCCAAAGAUGCUGUCGACUACAUCAUCUACGGAACAGUCAUUCAGGAGGUCAAAACCAGCAACGUAGCAAGAGAGGCAGCACUAGGUGCAGGCUUCUCUGACAAGAUCCCAGCUCACACCGUCACCAUGGCCUGCAUCUCCUCCAACCAGGCAAUGACCUCAGCCGUUGGCCUUAUUGCUGCAGGCCAGUGUGACACUGUUGUGGCAGGAGGGGUGGAGUUUAUGUCUGAUGUUCCUAUCCGUCACAGCCGUAAGAUGAGGAAGACCAUGCUGGCCUUGAACAGAGCCAAGUCCCUCGGCCAGAGGCUCAGUCUGAUUGGCAGCAUCCGGAUGGCACACCUCUCCCCAGAGCUUCCUGCUGUGGCCGAGUUCUCCACAUCUGAAACCAUGGGCCACAGUGCAGACCGUCUGGCUGCUGCAUUUGGCGUCUCCAGAGUGGAGCAGGAUGAGUUUGCCAUGCGAUCACACAGUCUGGCCAAACAGGCCCAGGAUGCCGGUCUGUUGAAGGAUGUCAUCUCUUUUAAAGUGCCAGGCCGUGAUAUUGUUUCCAAGGACAACGGCAUCCGCCCAUCUUCCAUGGAGCAAAUGGGCAAACUAAAGCCCGCCUUCAUUAAACCUCACGGCACAGUCACAGCCGCCAACUCCUCCUUCCUGACUGACGGUGCCUCAGCUGUGCUCAUCAUGUCUGAAGAGAAAGCUUUGGCUAUGGGUUACAAGCCUAAAGCCUACCUCAGAGACUUUGUCUACGUGUCCCAGGACCCCAAAGAUCAGCUGCUUUUGGGGCCAACAUACGGUACGCCGAAGGCCCUGGAACGGGCUGGCUUGAGCAUGAGUGACAUCGAUGUCUUUGAGUUCCACGAGGCAUUCGCAGGCCAGAUAAUGGCAAAUCUGAAGGCUAUGGACUCCGAUUGGUUCGCCCAGACGUACAUGGGCAGGAAAUCGAAGGUUGGAACUCCUCCCAUGGAGAAGUUUAACCUGUGGGGUGGCUCCCUGUCUUUGGGUCAUCCGUUCGGUGCCACGGGCUGCAGGCUGGUAACCACAGUGGCACACCGGCUGCAGAAGGAAGGAGGACAGUACGGACUGGUGGCGGCUUGUGCUGCCGGAGGACAGGGUCAUGCCAUGGUGAUUGAGGCCUACCCCCAGUAAAAUACUUCAACCCACAUCUGUGAUUUAACCUUAUGAUCAUAACGACAACUGCAGACGCUAACAUCCAGACGACAGAGUCUAAAUAUUAGCACCACCAUGCCUUCACCAGAGCCACAUGCAGUGUGUGAGUGCGCUUUAGGAAUCUUGUGUAAAUUCAACUUUGCAUAGAUGCAGUUAAAUUAUAUCAGAAUGUUGUCGAAGAAUGUCGCAUAUGAGUUUAUGGACUCUGCGGUGCAUCACGUUGGCAUGUCGCUGAGUCGAAUGUAACAUAGCUAAAUAUUAGCACUCUAAAGAGAUGCAGUGAUUCUAAUGUUUGUAUACGCUGUAAUGUUUUUUUCUUACAAACUGCUGGAAUUAAACGGUGUGACGAUGACCACACUGACACUCA